AUGAACGAGCACGGUGGAAGACCGGCCGCGUCCGCGGUAGAUCAGCGCCCGGCAGACGACGCCUCUGCGCCGGGCCCAGCGGAUCCCUCUGGUCACGUAGCCGAGCCGAGUAACGCCGUCAUGCCCACGGCCGAGAAUGUCGUCCGCUCCGUCCUGGCAGCGAGUGGACUGAGUCCAUCUGCGAAUAGCAGCGAAGCACCACGGGAUACGACGCGCGCACCGGGCCGUAUAGUGAGGGCCACGAGUGAGGCUGCAGAUACCGUUGCCGAUGCCGCCAGGGACGUGAAGAGCGCAAUCUCGGGUUCGGCAGUGAAGGCUGGAAAGAAGCUCGAUGACAAAGCCGAAUCUUCCCUUGGCCCGUACGGCAGUCCAGGUACCUGCGUUCCCAGCGACCUAGAUCCGCUAGCCGCAGCCGUGCAUGCGGGACUGGACCUGGAAGCCGGUGCGUCCGAAAGCGACGAGGAUGCCGGAGAAGGUCGGGAGAGUUGCGCUGGGGUGGAUGCCCAGAACGGCAAGGAGAGGAGGGAAUGA